UCAUAGCAUCUUCCGGGUCAUGCGGGUGUUCCCUACCGUGACGUCUCUGGGCAUGUGCGGCUCUCGGUUGUGUAUGUGAGCAUGGCGGUGCCGUGGAGCCGAAGCUGGAGGAGCAGCACAAGAGCUGCUGUCUUACUGCAAUAUUGUUGUAUUUCCAGCAGAAGAGCUUUCACUCCAGCGGCUUCAGCAGGAAGAAGAGCGUCUACUUCCGCCGCCACACAGGUUUUAUUUCAGCAGGCCCAUGUACAUAAUUUUAACAAACCAGUGACUCUUUCAAGGCACAGGUGUAAAUAUCUGUACUCAACGCCUGCGAGCUGCAGUUUACACAGUGAUGCAAAGUUAAAGGAUCCUUUCUCACUCGUACAAAAGGACUUGCAAAAUAUAUAUGACGACAUAAAACAGCAGCUGCUGGUGUCUAAAGCGGAGUUGAAAGCGCUGUGUGAUUAUUACUUCGACGGGAAGGGAAAAGCUUUUCGACCAAUGAUUGUGAUCUUAAUGGCUCGAGCUUGUAAUGUCCACAGCAAUAAAGAGGGGGUUUUGUUACCGGCACAGCGCUCUAUCGCGAUGAUCUCUGAGAUGAUCCACACCGCCAGCCUGGUGCAUGAUGACGUCAUUGAUGACUCGGACAAGAGACGUGGGAAAAACACCAUUAAUAAUGUGUGGGGAGAGAGAAAAGCUAUUCUGGCUGGAGAUUUCAUUCUGUCAGCGGCGUCCAUGGCAUUAGCCCGCAUUGGGAACACUACAGUAGUUUCGGUACUGUCACAAGUUAUAGAAGACCUCGUGCGAGGUGAAUUCAUGCAGCUGGGCUCCAAAGAGAACGAAAAUGAGCGAUUCAAGCAUUACCUCGAGAAAACCUUCAAGAAGACGGCCAGUCUGAUAGCGAACAGCUGUAAAGCAGUGUCCAUUCUGGUCAAUUCUGACCCUGAGGUGCAUGAAAUCGCUUAUCAGUAUGGACGAAACGUCGGCAUUGCAUUUCAGCUUGUGGAUGAUAUUCUGGACUUCACCUCCAGUGCCAAAUGUCUGGGGAAGCCGUCGGCCGCUGACCUGAAGCUGGGGUUGGCCACAGGACCCGUUCUCUUCGCUUGUCAACAGUUUCCGGAGCUUCAUGCGAUGAUCAUGAGGCGAUUCAGCUCUGAUGGAGAUGUGGACCGAGCCUGGCAAUAUGUGCUGAAGAGUGACGGUGUUGAACAGACGAACUACCUCGCCCAACACUACUGCCAAGAGGCCAUUCGUCAGAUCAGCCGGCUGCGUCCGUCCAGCGAGAGAGACGCUUUGAUCCGGCUGACGGAGCUGGUGCUGCGCAGAGACAAAUGAGCCCGGCAGAGCUCCACCCUCAGGCAGCUACACCUCUACACACAGAGAACAUUUACACCACACUGUAAGCUUUACCGUACUGUAAUGGCAGAGGAUGACUGUGAAUGAACGACACACUCUGCCGAGACCACCAGAAUUCCAGGUGUAGCACAGACAGAGGUGCUACUGUCACUCAUGUGUGUGUGUUUAUGUGGAUCCGUUAUAGACGCUUUAACAUCCGUCCACGUUUCAGAAGGCCAAACGUCUCGAUUUCUUGUCGAAGUGCUUUUGCGUAAAGUGCUCAGUAACAGCCAAGGCCUUAAACCUCACUAUUUACUCCAAUUAAAUAAGGUAUUUUUUAAAGUAAA